CGUAGCCAGGAUUUCAAUGCUCCGUACCUUUGUGUUCCCGCGCUCCCCGGGCCGGAAGUCACGUGACACACGGGCUGUGCUGCAGAGAGAUGGAGAGCUGAUGCUCGGUCACUUGCUUACGGCUCCAGACCCGCGGCACCAGCUCCGGUCUGCACCGAGGGCGGCUGUCGCAGGGACUCUGGGCCGUUGUCAUGGAGGAAAGUUCUCCCCGCAUCCGCCGGCGGGUGUCUGUCCGCAAAAGAAACCGCCGCAGCCUAGAGAGCCUCGGUGCCGCCCGGGCCCCAGCCGAGCUCCAGCCCGCCGAGGACACGGAGGACGAAGCUGCGGCUGGGAGCCGCCGGCGGAAAACCGGGAGCCCGGAGCCCGCCCAGGAAAAUGACAGUGAAGAGGACAUGUUUGGUGACUAUAACAGCUUUUCAGAAAAUUCCUUCUUAGCUCAAGUCGAUGACCUGGAGCAGAAAUAUAUACAACUGCCUGACUGUGGGAGCCGUGAUACAGACUCCGGCACCAAAGAUCUCUGUUCAAAAGGCCUCGGGAACAACCUCAGCGUUCCUGCUGUAGGCGACUUCACUGACUCUGAAACCAGCGGGCACAUAAAGAAGCAGGGUGAUCUAGAUAUCCCUGUUGAGCCAGAGGCUGGAGGUGAUCUUUCAUUCGAUAUGCCUUCUUCUCAAAUCUUAUACUUUGAAAGUAUGCAGAACUCCUCAAAAGAUUUGGGUGAUCAGUCCACCAAGGGAAGAGAUGGGAAGUCAUCGAAUGAAGAAUUGCCUCAUAGCCACAGAGAGCAACCCCAGCCAAAGAGCGACUUCUCUGACAUCGGUGGCUCCUCAGAGACGAGCAGGAGGAGAAGUAUCAAAGACUGCCUGAAAAGUGCCAUGACUGGGAAUGCCAGGGCCCAGACCCCAGCAUUUCCCAGGAGUAAACAACUCAGGGAGACACUGCUGUCUGAGGAGAUCAGCGUUGCUAGGAAAGCCAUCGAGUCACCGUCAGAUGAUCUUGGUCCCUUUUAUUCACUACCCAGCAAAGUGAGAGACCUCUAUGCUCAGUUGAAAGGAAUCAAAAGACUAUAUGACUGGCAGCAUACUUGCUUAACGUUAAGUUCUGUGCAAGAAAGGAAAAAUUUAAUAUACUCCUUGCCAACGAGUGGCGGAAAGACCCUUGUGGCUGAGAUCUUAAUGCUGCAGGAACUUCUCUGCCGACAGAAAGACGUUUUACUGAUCCUUCCCUAUGUGGCUAUUGUCCAAGAAAAGAUUUCCAGUUUGUCAAGUUUCGGUAUAGAACUUGGUUUCUUUGUCGAAGAAUAUGCUGGCAGCAAAGGAAGAUUUCCUCCAAUUAAAAGGAGGGAAAAGAAGUCGCUGUACAUCGCCACCAUUGAGAAAGGGCAUAGCCUGGUGAACGCCUUGAUUGAAACGGGAAGGAUGGGCACUCUAGGCCUGGUUGUUGUCGAUGAGUUGCACAUGAUUGGUGAGGGCCGUGGUGCCACACUGGAGAUGACCCUGGCCAAAGUCCUCUACACCAGCAAAACAACUCAGAUUAUCGGCAUGAGUGCAACACUAAACAACGUAGAAGACCUACAGGCGUUCCUGAAAGCCGAGUAUUACACCAGUCAGUUCAGACCAGUUGAAUUAAAAGAAUUCCUGAAAGUAAAUGACACAAUAUAUGAGGUAGACAGCCGGGCUGCGGACGGCAUGACCUUUUCACGGCUCCUGAAUUAUAAGUACUCCGAUGCCCUGAAGAAAGUGGACCCUGACCGCUUGGUAGCAUUGGUGACAGAAGUCAUCCCUAACUACUCCUGCCUGGUUUUUUGUCCCAGUAAGAAGAACUGUGAAAAUGUAGCAGAAAUGCUGUGCAAGUUUUUAAGCAGGGACUAUCUAAACCACAGAGAGGAAGAAAAGGGGGAACUGAUUAAAAGCCUGAGGAAUGUCGGCCACGGUAAAGUGUGCCCUGUCCUGAAGCGCACCAUCCCUUUCGGCGUCGCCUAUCACCACAGCGGCUUAACUAGCGAUGAGCGGAAGCUUCUGGAAGAGGCCUACUCCGCUGGCGUGCUCUGCCUCUUCACCUGCACGUCCACCCUGGCAGCAGGGGUCAAUCUGCCUGCACGGAGAGUCAUCUUAAGAGCUCCCUACGUGGCUAACACGUUCUUGAAGAGGAAUCAGUAUAAGCAGAUGAUUGGCAGGGCUGGCCGAGCUGGGAUAGACACUGCCGGGGAGAGCAUCCUUCUGCUGCAAGAGAAAGACAAGCAGCAGGUGCUGGGACUAAUAAACGGACCGCUGGAAGACUGCCACAGCCAUCUUGUCAAGGAGUUCACCAAGGGAAUCCAGAGUUUGUUCCUCUCCUUAAUUGGCCUGAAGAUUGCAGAGAGUCUCGGGGACAUAUAUCAGUUCAUGAAUGGCACGCUUUUUGGCGUCCAGCAAAAGACUUUACUGAGAGAGAAAAGCCUCUGGGAAGUUACUGUCGGCGCACUUGAACACCUAACAGAGAAAGGGCUUCUACAGAAAGACAGCCACGGCAGCUCCGAGGAGUCACGCUGUCACUUCCGUAUUACCAAACUGGGGCAAGCUUCUUUUAAGGGGGCCAUUGACUUGACCUAUUGUGACACUCUGUACAGAGACUUGAAGAAAGGUCUGGAAGGACUCGUACUGGAAAGCCUUCUUCAUCUGGUCUACCUAACCACGCCCUAUGACCUCGCCGCUCAGUCUGAGCCUGACUGGAUGGUGUACUUCAGGCAGUUUAGUCAACUCAGCCCAGCAGAGCAAAGUGUGGCUGCUCUUCUUGGAAUCUCCGAAAGCUUUAUUGGGAAAAAGGCGUCAGGACAAGCCGUCAGAAAGAAGGUGGACAAGAACGCUGUCAACAGGCUCUAUCUGUCUUUUGUGCUUUAUUCCUUGCUGAAAGAGACCAACGUUUGGAGCGUGUCUGAGAGAUUUAACAUGCCCCGGGGAUACAUACAGAACCUGCUUAUGGGAGCUGCCUCGUUCUCGUCCUGUGUGUUACAUUUCUGUGAGGAGCUGGAGGAGUUUUGGGUUUACAAGGCCCUGUUGACGGAACUCAUCAAGAAGCUGACGUACUGCGUGAAGGCGGAGCUAAUCCCUCUCAUGGAGGUGACAGGGGUCUUAGAGGGUCGAGCAAAACAGUUAUACAGCGCAGGUUACAGAAGUGUCGUGCACUUAGCCAAUGCCAACCCAGAAGUGCUGGUGAAGACAAUUGAUCAUCUGUCCAGACGCCAAGCCAAGCAGAUUGUUUCCUCAGCCAAGAUGCUGCUGCAUGAGAAGGCAGAGGCGUUGCAGGAAGAAGCAGAAGAGUUGCUGAAAUUGCCUGCUGACCUCCCUGGGCUGGGGGGUCCCGGCUCUGAAAGGGCAGGAAGCCAUGCUGGGGACUCGACUCUGCACUAGGGCGUUGCUGAGAUGCCUCAGGCCCUGUGUUAAAGCCUCAGUGCCUCCAAGAAAGCAAGGGCUGGAGGGGUGUGACGUGCAUGGCGGUAAGCUGUAUUCCAGCACUUGGGAGGCAGAGGGGGAUGGUGAGUGUCAAAGGACAGCUUCAGCUACUCAGAGUUGGAGGCUAGCCUGGGCUACAUAAGUCCCUCUCAGAAAGCAAAACUCCGUGCAGCUGUCUGAUGUAUGUUUUUUAAUUUGACUUAUUUAUUAUAUAUGUAUUAUUGAAAAUCCCCUGUGUAAGUGAAAUCUAUUUUAAUUAUACAUUAAAACCCGUGGAUGAACUUUUA